UUCAGUUCCAGAAGCGGACCGGCUGUGGAGGAAGUUUCUGCGGCAGAGUAAACCGGGCUGUUUUUUGGGGGGUAUCGUAAGAUACAGGAGGGUUCAGGGUUCAGGGUUCAGGAUGGACGCUCGUGGGUUUCUGUUGUGUUUGCUGGCCGCGCUUCAGCCCGGCUCGAGAGCCCAGUACGACCCGGACGAGGUGACCCACCUGCCCGGGAUGAUGUUCCAGCCCAAAUACCGACACUGGUCCGGAUACCUGCAGGCAGGCCCGGGGAGGUUCCUGCACUACUGGUUUGUGACCUCUCAGAGGGAUCCAGCCAAAGACCCUGUGGUGCUCUGGUUGAAUGGAGGCCCCGGCUGCAGCUCCCUGGAUGGAUUCUUGUCGGAGAACGGACCAUUUCAUGUAAAUGAUGAUGGGGCCACACUUUAUGAAAACAAAUUCAGCUGGAACACGAUUGCCAACAUCCUGUAUCUUGAAUCUCCUGUAGGAGUGGGGUAUUCCUACUCUGAUAACACAAAAUAUGCAACUGAUGAUAACCAAGUUGCUGGUGAUAAUUACAAAGCCCUUCAAAGCUUCUUUGCAAAGUUCCCCAACUUCACUCAGAAUGAAUUCUUCAUCAUUGGUGAGAGUUACGGAGGAAUUUAUGCACCAACACUGAGCCUGCGUGUAGCUACAGGACAGGCUAAAAUCAACUUCAAGGGCUUUGCAGUGGGAAACGGUCUCAGCAGCUUUGCUCUUAAUGACCAGUCUUUGAUCUACUUUGGUUAUUACCAUGGCCUUUUUGGAGAAGAUUUGUGGCGUGAUCUAAACAUAAACUGCUGUGACAAGGGAAGCUGUAACUUUUACAACACCAGUUCAGAGACCUGCAAGACAAUGGUAAACGUGGCCUUUGGUAUCGUGUAUGAAAGUGGCCUUAAUGAGUAUGCCCUUUACUUGGAUUGUGAAGGCCGCGGACCAACCCACAAAGGAUACGAGAGGACCAUGAGUCACCUGUUUAAGAACUACAGGAAAACACAGCAGAACUUCAAGUUUCCAGACAACGUGAAUUUCUCCAUGUCUGUGAGAGGAGUUCCUCCCUGCCUGAACAGCACGGCUCAGACGAACUGGCUGAACAGAGGCGAUGUCAGGAAAGCUCUACACAUCCCCGAUAUACUGCCACCCUGGGAUCUCUGCAGUGAUGCUGUUGGAGAUCAGUACAAAACCCUGUACUCAACAAUGAAGGAGGUGUAUCUAAAGCUGCUCUCUCUGGGCCUGCGGGCUCUCGUUUACAACGGAGACACCGACAUGGCCUGCAACUUCCUUGGAGACCGCUGGUUUGUGGAGGAGCUGGGCAUACAGGCAACCAGCAUCUACCAAACCUGGAUUCAUGAAAACCAGGUUGCAGGUUUUUACCAGCAGUUUGGAAACAUCACUUUCUUGACAGUUAAGGGGGCAGGUCACAUGGUUCCUCAGUGGGCUCCAAGUCCAGCUCUGCACAUGUUCCAGUCUUUCAUAACAAACGGCAGCUACUGAGCUGUGAUGAACAAGGUGCUCUGCCAAUUGCACACAUCAAUUGUUGUUUGUUUUUCUCAGGGAUGAUUUUUUUUUUUCUCCUGAAGAUCAAUUAUAAAGGGGAGGGUUUAUGCCAGUUUGUCUUAUCCAUUGUGUUCAUGUUCUACAUGUAGUUCAGAAAGUUGACUCUUUGGCAAUUAUGAAAUGUCUGGUUGUGGUUCUGAUGCUCCACUGGAUGAACAGUGUUGGAAAUUCAGUCUCAUAAGCUGUCCUUCUCUUUUUAAUAGAGUAACACCACCACGAUCCCUUGUGUGAAGGGAAACUGCACAUGAAAAAUGCACAUGUGAGAGAAAGAAACAAAAAAAAAGUCCAGAAUUUACACCUGGAUGAAGCCAAAUAUUAAAAGGUUCUGGAUCAAGAUCCAGAUUCAUUCACUUCUAAGUUGAGCCCAUCUGGGCUGGUGGAAAAACAAAUGAUUAAAAAAUAAUCAUGACCUUUUUAGUGGAGUGAAAAUUAGAUUCCUCACCACCUCUGAAACACAACUGAAAGGGAAACUAACUUUAGUAUAAAUAAUUUUAUGGAAACGGAGGAGGUAAAAGGUGAUGGGUACUGGUUGUCUCAGCCCAUGAGAUCCCUGCAGGGAGGGGACAGGUCUGCAUCCAGGUUACCACCAGACAUACCUGCACAAAUUUAACCUGAGGGUUAUAAACCAGCUCUAUAUCUUUCAGUCUUGUGUAAGACACCUUUUCUCUGAUUAAGGUGAACUGAUUGGCCACAGACGUUCAGUCUGGCCUUAAUUGUAAGCUGGUUGUGUAAGAGGACGUCCGGUCCUUCGAUAUGGAUCUGAAAAUGUUUUCCAUUUAUAUUUGUGUGCUGAACUCAAAGCCAGAAAAUAAGUAACCUCUAUCUGUUCACACUUUAACUGUACGGUACUUGUAAUAACCCUUGCAGUGUUUUGUCUUUGGCAAAAACAGUUUAAUGUUUUUUUUGUGUUUUUUUGUGCCUUAUCAAAUGUUGUUCACGGUAAUUUUCAAUUCACUGAUGAUGCUCAAAUCAAGAAUCAAAGCACCACCACUUGACGUUUGUCUCUUUAUUAAACAUUUUCUUCGAACACA